AUGUCUCUGUGCAAUCCGACGGACUUAGGUGCCGUCAGAUACUUAGCGAUCGACGACUCCAUACUGGGCAAUAGCACAGUCAAAGGCGCUGCCUCUAAUUUGGCUGCGCGAGCCAUCCGACAACUUGCAAUGCGCAUGCCGGAGCUGAAGGGGCUGGUGUUCGUGCGAAACCAAGCUACUUCUAUUACCAUCAAAGAGGCGGAAGAUCAUUGCAUAGAACUUCAAAGACUGAUUGAUAGCGCUAUGGGCGAGGUUUCUAGCGAGUUUACGGACUGGGAAGCUCCUCCGUGGUGUACGGCAAAGGUGGCAUCAGACGUUCGCAACAAGCUCUGGAAAAGAGAUAACUUUGCCGAGAUGGUGAGAACAGAGGCUGCUAUUAUGCACAUGUGGUUUGUUAUUGCGGUCCUGGCAAGCGGUGAUGGUGAUGGCAUGGAGCCUGUUGACGCCGUUGUGCUUGACCUUGCACGACGCAGUUAUUUGGAAGCUCAGGAGACAUUUCGACAGGCUGGUUUCUGGCUUUCGAAGUCACGAUGA